CGUCACGGUCGCCGUUGUUGUUGCCGAUUUUCCUAUAGCCAUAGGUAUACCUCAUGCCCAUAGCCUUAUUGGCAUCGCACUGGGUGACUCUUGGCGUCGGCGUCGUAUGUCCGCGUAUCCGCUGCGUAUUUCUGGGUCUGAGUGUGAGUGUGAAUGCGAGUGCGAGUGUGAGUGGGCUAUGCGAUUGCGAUUCCUGGAAACUAACAGCGAUUCACAGAUAGCGGAGAACUCGCACACCAUUCAGUUCACUCGAUGACGCUCCGCACCUCGGACUCCAAAACCAAAAACUGGCUCUAACACUUGGCCACCGCCGGCGCGCUCUUGCUCGAAAGUGUUAAAAUAAUAAACCAACAACAAUAACCAAAGCGUUUACAACGACAACGGGAACUAUAACAGUGUAAUUGACAGACUAUUGGGCCACAAAACAAAGAUUUAAUGUGCAAUUUUCAUAAACAUUACGCGCCAGACCCAUUGACUGUGUGCUUUAAAUUAUAGCCAUCAUCAAACCGGAGACCCAUUUGUCGAUCCGGUGGCAAAUAUCUCGCCAUUAUCAAUUAUUGCACCUUAUCGCCAAUUACAAUAUUAAUCGCGUUUAGGAAUUGCAAGCCGACGGCAAGUCACUUCUCGGCAGAUCGUAUUUGUGCGGCUGUUAUAAAUGAUUAUACUUUGAUUCAAGUGCCAGGCAAUCUGGGAUUUUAACCAAAAGCGGGUAGCAAUAAAAUAACUGUAUCAAUAAAAAGCUGUACGCAGCACUGGCAGUGAGCAGACCGGUGGAGUAGAUCCAUCCCCAUUCAGCAGCGGUGCAGACCCACCAAGCACCACCCUAGCAUCAAUUCUCAGCGGUGGCGUCCGGCCAAAACCACCUCGUUGCGCCGACAGCGGCGAGCAUCUCUCCCUCCAGCGUCAGUUCCCAUCCUACAGACAUCAAUAUGUCCAUCCAAUUAGCGCCACUGCACAUACCCGCCAUCCGGGCCGGUCCGGGAUUCGAGACGGACACCUCGGCGGCGGUCAAGCGGCACACGGCACACUGGGCCUACAACGACGAGGGAUUCAACCAGCACUACGGUUCCGGGUACUACGACCGCAAGCACAUGUUCGCCUACCCCUACCCAGAAACGCAGUUUCCGGUUGGUCAGUACUGGGGCCCCAACUACCGCCCCGACCAGACCACCUCUGCCGCGGCGGCGGCGGCCUACAUGAACGAGGCGGAGCGCCACGUGAGCGCCGCCGCCCGACAGUCCGUCGAGGGCACAUCGACGUCCAGCUACGAGCCGCCCACCUACUCCUCGCCGGGCGGACUGCGGGGCUAUCCCAGCGAGAACUACUCCAGCUCAGGAGCCUCUGGUGGAUUGUCGGUGGGAGCGGUGGGUUCUUGCACGCCCAAUCCCGGACUGCACGAGUGGACCGGUCAGGUGUCCGUCCGGAAAAAGCGCAAGCCGUACUCGAAGUUCCAGACCCUGGAGCUGGAGAAGGAGUUCCUUUUCAAUGCGUAUGUUUCCAAGCAAAAGCGCUGGGAAUUGGCCAGAAAUUUGCAGCUGACCGAGCGACAGGUCAAGAUAUGGUUCCAGAAUCGGCGCAUGAAGAACAAGAAGAACUCCCAGCGCCAGGCCAAUCAGCAGAACAACAACAACAACUCGAGCAGCAACCACAACCACGCGCAGGCGAACCAGCAGCACCACAGCGGCCACCACCUGAACCUUAGCCUGAACAUGGGUCACCAUGCCGCCAAGAUGCACCAGUGACCCUUGGACAACAGCAGCGCUGGCGCCAUGGGCUUUGCCACCUACUAGCAGUUAGCCAAUCCGAGUUCGGGUAACCCCAGCUCGAAUCCCAACCCCAUGUCCGAUCCGAACCACCAUCAUCUAAUCAAGAACGAGCUGGCCAUGGACUUUCCAUGCUAGUCCAGCGACGGGAAGGGCGACUCCAGCCAGGCCGAGUUCAGUCGGUUGAAUGUACAAAACCCAGAGAUCUCUAGCAUGCGGGAUAGGAAUAUAUGACCAGAUAGAGGAGCAGGAUCAGGAUGAGGAUGAGCAACUGCCCAGAAGUGCGCAGGCGUCGCUGAUGUGUGAUGUGUGAUGAGUGACCAGCCGACGUUGACGGAAAUGCAGUUUAUUAUUAAGCCAGUUCUACGGAUCGCAGAGAUCCCAAACCCAACACGAUAAUGCAGCUUAGUUCGGUAGUUGAAUAUAGAUACGAGUAAGAUGAAGAAUAAGCAGCAGCAAUUGAAAAGAUGCACUUGAAAUUCGCAACUGUACGAAAAUAUAUGUAUGUACGUAUUUCUCUCAACGCUCUCAUUAGCCUAGGCGAGCACUAUGAAUUUUCCGAACUAUAAAUUAUGAAUAUGAAUAUACUUAAACGUCAGUGAAUAUAACCCCGCAUAAAUUAUGAAUACACGCGUUCGAGUAGUAGAUUUUACCAUACCUAUCCAUGUAAGAGCGGCCAGAAGAAGGCGGCUGAGUUAGCCAGAGCAGCAGAGCACAUUUUAGACCCAGAUACAUGUUCUAGCAACACAAACAAAUUGUUUAACAAUUUUCGGACCCCUCACUCAGAAGAAGCCCCGCCAACAAGAAGACACACUCCGCAGUCUAGGAUAAAUUUUGUCGUGUAAUGUUCGUCGUGUCGUGUCCUUUGAUACUUUCUAAGUUCCUGUAUAUAAACUAAGACAUUGCGCUGAUUUCCGGCCGAAGCAAGCACUCGAUAACUAAAUUACAUCAGAUAUAUAUGCGUACAUGCAGCGAUAUUCAAUAUUCAAUUUGUAUAAUAUGAAUUCGGAUUCGAUUUUAGCAAAUGGUAAUUGUAAGUUGCAAAGUUUCAAUGAGUGUGUGCAUGUUUACCCCAUAGUUGAAGUCGCUUUCGAAUUAACUUAACUCUAAAGGCAAGAAAAACACUAAACAAAACUACUCGUAAAGCUAAAGCAACAAAAACUUAAAAGAUAUACACUCUACAGAAGUAAGCGAGUGUGAAAACGAUGGAGGGGAGAUGUCGGGGAGGAGUAAUUAGCAUACCGUAACAGCUACUUAUAUAACAUACACAUAGUACAUAUAGUAAUCGUACAUAUGCAUACAUAUAUUUUCAUGUGUAUCGACGCCGCUUGAUCCUGAUAUUAAGUCUAAGUUUAGUUGUGUUGUGUAAUUAUCGAUUUUGUUAAUGUUUUGCCCCGAGCAUUAUAUUAUAUUAUGCUAACCUCUACCUACACCUACGCCUACACCUACACCUACACCUACACCUAUGCCUACCAUUAUAUGUGUAUAAUUAGCCUAUACAUACUUGAUGAAGAAAUGAUUUCACCCACUGCUUUAUUCAUGUUCUUGUAUUAUUAUUAUUUCGAGCCCUCGAUAAGUUGUAGUCUAAAGUCGGUUAUGUUUAUGAUUAUGUUCGAUUAUAGUUUGUUUAGUGAAUUUUAAUCUAGCGUUAGCAAUUCUCUUUUUUAAAAAGUUAAUUAUUGUGAAUAAAAUACAAGAAGUUGCAGAAGUGCAAAAAUAUACACACAAUUCAAAAUAUCCCAACUACUUCGCGGCCUUGUCCUUGCCGCCUUCCAUCCAACACCAUUCUUGGUAUCCUCUGGUUUAUCCGCAUCUGAUCCGUUUUUUCAUCCAUUAUUUCGGUAAGUACACCAAAGAGGAGGAUGUUAACACAUCGCAAGCGACCUCUCACCAUCGAAUUUAUUCAUAGACAUCCAGAUACUCGUACUCGUACUCGUACUCGUACAAAACGUAAAGCAAAAUACGUACAUAUGUACUGCACUUACUCGUAGGCGAUCAGCUCGAAGUCGCCACUUCCUCAGUCAAAAAAUAUAAAUCUGAUUCAGUGCACUUUCUGAAUUGUUUCAUUUCGAUCUUUGUUUUCCUUCGUUGCGUUUCCUGAUUUUUGUUACAGUAUUUUUACACUGGUAUUGUAAUACAGCGCUUAAAUAAAUUAAAACUAGAAUUAAUAGUCUUGUUUCGGCAUAUGUCUUAAGAUUAAAUAAAUUAUUAUGUAACUGUG